GUUUAUGUUGACGUAACAUACAUUAAAACUGGCGUGACUAGCGACUCUAAAAAGUUAAACUUCUAAAGUUUACCAUGUACCGGAUUUAACAUCAAAAUGCUAAUAAGAAAGUUUAUUUUAAGGAUAAUAUAUCUAUUAUGCGGAUUAAGGACAGUUGUAACCAGGGAUCUUCCAGGGUCCCGUGAUAAUGUAAUAAUUGGUGCUAAGACGUCGGAAAACAAACCUGACGAGAGGGGGGGAAAUAACUGCAUAGAUUGUGGUCCGCAUUCCAUCGGUGAUGAAAUAAAACACGAAGAAAUUCAGAGACAUACGGUCAGACCACAGCGACCAACACCACUCAAAGGCGUCGUGAAGCCUUUUAUUAGAUUGCACAAUGUGAAUGUUAAAGUCCACUCCAGAACUGACCAACAUCUCUCAGACGCAGCGGCUGCCAAAGGCAUUGCUUUGGAAAAUGAAGCAACGUCCCUUAAUGGUCUUCACUCUGAUAUUGUGGACAGUACUGUUUACAAAAAGCCUACUAUCGAUGAUUCGAGGUCUGAAACGGGAAAAUCGUUAUAUCAGAAUACGAUGCCGGGAUACGAAAACGUAUUUACUCCAGAUCCAAAGCUAAAGGAUCAUAAACCUGAGGAGAAAGAAAAAGGAGAUGAAGCUUUCGGACAAGAUGGCUCAAUCACAUAUCAACAUGACUCUUUAGCCGAUCAAGCUCCUUCCAUAAAAGAAAAGGGUCAUACAAAUAUACCAUCAGCAAAUAUAAGAGCAACUAGAAAGGGCGGUUCUCGACAAGCCGACGAGGAAACAUUUGAAAGUCAAAUAGAAAAAGAAAUGAAUUUUAAAAUACAUAAAACACAUAAUACAAGUGAAAUAAUCAAAUUCUUCAAUAUGUAUGAAGAAUAUAUCAAUCAAAAAAGUGGAACUGAAAAAUCUGAAUCAGACACUAAACUUGCAGGAAAGUUAAUAAGUCCUAAAGCGAAUGAACGGCAUAUGGAUAAUAUAACGGAAUCACAUAUCAAAGGAAUAACCCCUGGUGUUAACACACACACUAAUAUUUCUGGUAAUGAACAUACACAGGAAAAUACUGAAAAAGAUAUCAUUGUAAAAAGGGUUUAUAUAGAAAAAGCGAAACAAUUAAAUACUCAACACGUCCAAAAGAACUUAAUGCAAACGGAAAUCAAUAACACUACAGAUUCAAUAUCAGUAAAUUCCAAAAUACAUGCAAAUAAUGGAAAUACUAUCAUUUCGAAGUCAUUUAAAACUGAUGCAGAUUCUGGUGAGAUUAAAUUAGUAAACAAGAUCACGAGUGAAGUAAAGCCCGGUCCCAAACUAAUGCAUGUUACAUCAAAAUCACAAACAUCACAUGUUGAAAAUAUUGGAUGGAUGGAUUAUGAUGUAGAUCCACCGAGCACUGAAUCCGAGGUCCGCGAAUUGCCGAAACCUAUCAAUAAAGAUGUGGAACAAAUAGCUACCGUUCAAGUUAGUGAAACGUUCAAAGAUGCAGCGGUCCACGAUAAACAGAAACAAGAAGAAAAAAACGCGAAGCAUGAAGCUUCCAUCCUAGAUAUUAAAACGGUUAAUUAUAAACAGAAUCAACUGGAUAAAGAUAUGAAAAACAAAGCUACCACUCAAGAUGUUAAAAUGGAUAAUGACAAACAGAAAACACUUGAUACAAACGUGAAAGACAAAGCUCCCACUCAAAGUAUUAAAACAGUUAAUGAUAAACAGAAACCUUUUAAUAAGGAUGUGGAGAAAAAAGCUAAGACUCAAAAUAUCAAAGCGGUUAAUGCUGUAGAGGUUCACGACAAACACAAGUUAUCGGAAGAAGAUGUGAUGCAAAACGCUACUGUUCAAGACGGUAGGGUGGUAAAAAAAGCAGAUGAUGUAGACGUUAUCAUUCCCGUAGGUCAGCUGGACCGAUGGUCAAUGGAAGGCCUUGACCAGGUCCCAGAUGCAGCCAGAUUGGAGCAGAAGCUGCACCCGAUGGUGGACGCCCCUGUGCGAGACAUUAUUGACGCCCUGCGGAACAUGCUGCGGAGAGUGCAGCACCAGCUCGCACGAGUCCAGAACGAUUUCUCGAACAUCAACAACAUCACAAGAUGGCGGUACAUGACCGGAGUGCGCGCGCAUCUCACUACACUGGCCGAGCAAAACGACCACAUAUACAGUGUGAUGCUUGAAAGUGCUCUUCUCACGAAGCAGAUCUAUCGGCGCGCCCACGAGAGGCGACAUCCGCUUAACUACCGGUAUGACGCCACACCGGUUGCGGACAUGCGCUACAAGAGCCGGAAGUUCGAAAAUGCUGCGCAUGAAGAGCUUAAGCAGGCGGAGGAUAAAAGAAGUCAUGUCAAAGGAUCAAUUGAAAAAUGGAAAGUUGUCAACUCCGAGUACAUCCGGAUGAGUCAGACGCUUGCCGACUGGCACCCAAUGAAAGCGAUUCACGACCUUGAGCGGCAUGCUAACCACACCAUGCGCACCGUUAUGAACGCCCAGCGUCUUCUUGAUACACGACCAAGGCGACUUUCGGUUCGAGACAGCAGCGUUCUGGGUGAGGCUGACCUGAGGCACCUCGUCACCAAGGCUACGACGUUCAAUGCUGACACCAAGAGUAUCUUGAUGGUUAGCAUGUCCCUUAUUCACGAGAUUCGUGACCUCAGGCGGCACCGCUCCACAAGUCACGUGGCCGAUAUGACGUUCGACGAGAGCCGCAUGAUGAAGUGGGUGCUGGUGGAUAAAGCCGGCAUGCAUGCCGACGAGCUGCUUAAGGAGGCCACCAUGAUUCGAAUGCAGUUAUCUCCCCUGAUACGCAGAGCUGCCGCCAUAUUGGCGAGUAAAGCCAGUUCCGGUUCUGAACGUCAGAUUCAAGCGAUAUCAAACACUCUGCACAGGGACGUCAAGGAAUUGACGCGAAUCCUCGACAAGAUUCGCGUUAUUAUUGGAGACCGGACGUUCCGUAAGGCGCGUUGCGAGCAUGUGGAGGGUUCCGGUGCUGGGAUGGGUGAUGACGUAGAUGAUGAUGUCACGAUGACCGACUGUAACGAACACAUCGAGGAAUCAAGUGGGGGCGGAGUGGAAACAGAUUUACCAGAAGGAUCGGGGGAGGUUGACGCUCUUACUGUUGAUCUCGGCCAGCCCGGAAUAAGCGGUCUCCCGGAAGUGGUAACUAGCGCUAACAUCGCCGAUCUCAUACUCGAUCCCGACGAGAUCCUUCUCAUUGACGACGAUACCGCCGCGAAUUCAGACACCCUGUCGACAUCCGCGCCUUCGACGGCGACCACCACUCAACCGGAAGUCAAUGACAAUAACCCGUCAAGUACCGCUAAACAGGACAGUACACGAACUGCGAGGUCAGCGGACGUCCGUGGAUUUAUCAAUCUAGGGAUAAGCGACCCUUUUGGGAAUUUCUCGCCGUAUCCGGCGGGAGGAGCGGCGGUCAAGAGCCUCGACGGAAACCAUGACGCCAACCAAGAAGCAAUUAAUGCAGCAAUUCGGAAGCGACUGUCCGGCUACGUUCAUACAAGUCGGGGUUUGUUUAACCAAUCACGUGACCUGAAAACGAUACUUCAAGACCUCUCAAAUGCUUGGUCGAAUGUGAGCAGCAAGUUUUCUGCCCUUGAGAAUUUCACAAUGGUGGCAAAAUCGGCCGUGGCAGAGUACAGGGUUAAGGCCAAUUACGUCAGGACGUCAAAUGCCCGCAUUGCUGACAUCACUAACAGAAUCGACCUACAGGCAUCUGUCAUCGACUCCCAGUGUAAAAAUGCUGUACAGACGGCGGAACGGAAGCUGACCGAAUUCCAGAAGUAUAGCGCUGAAAAUCAGGACACUUCCGGUCAGGCACCAGAUCCAGUCGCCGUACAGCAAGCGGUCAACGCAGUGAAGCAAGCGAGCACCAAUGCCAAUGAGAUUCAACGCCUGACUGAGCUACACCCGGACCCAUGCGGAGCCGUCGAUCGCCACGACCGUCACAUCCGGGGAAACAUCACUCGCCUGAGGGAGCAGAUUGAGCACGCCCGGACGAUUGCUGCCACCAUGCAGCUCUCAGUUGCUCUAACGAAGGACAGACAACUUCGGCUUCCAAUUCCGGAGUACGCGGUACAGGACACGCCUCUCUCGUCAAACUUGCUCGUGAUGGUCCGUCCUUCUGACGUCACUGGUCAUCUUAUGACCAUCAAUUACAAUGAAACGGGUUCAGUGUCUGUACAUCUGAAAGAUCGUCUGCCUGUCUUAAAGCAGACGUUCGAUGGCAAUGACGUCACAGAAGAUGGAAGAAGUCCACUCGAAACAGACGUGUGGUACAAAAUUAUGCUGGAAAGAUUUGCGACCUCCCACAAGUUAACAGUGAAGGGAACUUCCGGACAGGAGUCAAGCGUCUCCGUGAAUUCCACCAAGCUUUUCGAUGACCUAGAUUGGUCGCGCGCCACAUCCGUGUUGCUAGGCGACACUAAACGCUCGAUGGGCUGCGCGGGUGGUCUUACUGUGAACAGCCGGAUACUGGCCUUGGAGGGCGCCGUCGCGGGCUCAUGUUCUAACUCCGUAGCGUUUCAACCGGAAGAUAUGUCCUUAAUACUGGAUGGAACUGGAUUUGCGCGAUACAAUUUAGACCGGCAGCGCUCUAUACGCGAUUUAGAACUACAGUUCACUUCGUAUUCUGACGGCGAAGUGACAAGCUUCCAGACUAAAUAUAUGACGACCAAACUUCACGUGCGCGUGUCUGGCGGGAAACUUCACGUGCUUCUCAGCCACAACAACAUCGAGACCCGCCUGGUCAGCAAACAGCUCGUGUUUGGGGAACCUCUUACACUCAAGGUUAACACUGCGAAUAGGCGCGGUGGUAGUGUUAUUAUAAAUGGAAAUCCCGACCUUCUAGAGGUUUCAACAGAGCCGGAAGCUGUGGAUAGAGUCCCGGAAAUGGAUGGACUGGUCCUAGGAAGCACCAUGAACAACCGUAGCUCAAUUAUCGGCUGCUUCGGUGGCCUGUCGGUGAAUGAACAGGCUGUGGGACUACAGAUGGUCAAGGACGCGCUGGCUACCGGCUUCGGGCAGUGCCAGGAACGGAGUUGCGUCUCGUUUACCGAGCAGAGUACGCCCGUGUCCCUGGGGGAGGUAGGGACAGGGCUCCGUGCUGCACGUUGCGGUGGGGGAAGGAGCACUGGGGCAGGUCCUGAACUACGGCAGGAAAGAUAAAUUCAAUAUAUCGGUGACACUGAAUUCCAACAACGGUGUCGAGAUAGAAGAAUCCCUAGAAGAUAAGUCCGAAAAGGCGACACUCAACCGGAACAAUCCUUAUCACACAAUAUCAAUAAUCGAUAAACCUGACGAAAAUAAGGUCCUUGUGGUGGCCGGAAGUGAGACAUUCGAGUUCAAGUACAAGGGGAGCGGUGGGUGGGGCUGGGGCGCUAAAAAGGAAGGGUUGGAUAACGGCGCUCCGUAUCAGAUAACAGUCGGUGGCGGAGACGGCAAUCGUCCCUUCCUUGGGGACCUCGUCGAACUGAUGAUAAACUUGAAACCGAUACCUUUGCAAAAGUACAAAGAGUCCAGCAAUCUACAUCGCUGUGCCACGAAACUGCGUAAGAAACCGCCAGUGGAGCGACCCGGGCUAACAGAGCGAACGUGCGGGAUAAAAUAGCUACAUCGCAUUUUUUCUUUUGUGAUACCUCUAUAAUAAAUAUGAGUAGUUAUUAAAAUGUAUUUCUCUUAUAAACUCAUAUAAAUAGUUUUCAGAUUGUUACCAUAACUUUUCCAGGACUCAGGAAGGCAUUUACACAACCGAUCAUUUUGUCUUUAUAUAUUUUUGUCAAUUUCAUUAAUACAUCGGACUAACAGUUUAUUUUGAUUAAUUAUUAUUUUAAAUAGUUAAUAAAUAAGACGCGUCUGAGUUUCAAAUAAGAAAAAAUACUAAAUCACUUAAUACGCGGAAAUAACUGAUCUACUACACAAACAGUUUGCUUUUGUAAAUAAGGCAAGAAACCUUCACAAGAACACUUCAUGUUCUUUUGUACUAAUGCGCUUGUUAUGCUUUUCCUUAAUUGAUUUAUAUAUAAAAGCCGAUACAAGUCUAGGUUAAAAGCUGGUUUUCAGUGCAUUUUUGCUACCCAUUUCGUACAUAAUCUUGUCCUUCUCAUAAUCAUUUCUUUCAUAAUGUCCAUUUUUUUUUCUUUUAAACUCGAUUGUUGUUCUUAGUUGCUUUAAUCAACAUGAUCCGCGUCAUGCGAAAAUGGCGCAGUUUGGUCUAGGUUUGCCCUGUCCGCUAAUUGCGUGAUUUUAUAGCGGACAACGUAUCUCUUGCUUCGCAGGCUGGUCUGGAGCUACGCUGACCGCAUAUGACAUAAAACCCAUUUACGUAUGAGGCUGUUCAUAGACCAUCGCUAUUCUGACACUACUGCAUCACUCAAAUCUACUUUUAGCGCUUUUAAAGGCACCCGAGGGAACAUGUAAUUUGCAACAAGAUUUCUUAGUUGUGUUCAUUUAUAUUUCGUGAUUUUCCAUGCACAAAUCUUUUGGUAUUCUAGUUGUGUAAAGUCGUACUAGCCUCGCUCUUGAAAAAUCGGGCUUAAUGCAUGUGCUUAAAGUCUCGUCCCAGAAUAGCCUGUGCAGUCCACACCGACUUAUCAGGGGCGAUUCUUUCCGCUUUCGUGACAUUUUUCUUUUGAAGGAAGUACCUUUUAACGAUAAUCCAGUUUAUGCGGAAAAUGUUGCCCAUGAUAUGCCUGUGAAGACUGCACAGGCUAUGGGACGACAGUUUACGAGCAUGCAUAAUGCCCAGUUUUCCCAGACUGAGACUUAGUAAAGUCAUAUGGUUAAGAUUUUUCUUAGAUUUCAACCGAAUACUAUUUCGCAUUUAAUGUUGAAUGAAAACAAUGUUCUUUUCCACUUUAAUGUUACGUUCUAUGGUUACUGUUAUAUAUAUGUAUGUAGUAUUUAUUUAGAUAAGACCAUCCAAAGGUGGCAAGAGAAUGCUAAACUGCUUGUUGAUAUUUGCUUUUGGUCAAUAAAGAUUUGAAGAAAAAUA